GAUAUCAUUCGCUGGCCGUCAAGCCAGUGCUGAUACGACGCGGGGCGGUAUGGCUGUCGGGGCUAUGAGCUACGUGAGCGACAAUUUCGUUACAAACUCUCGCAGCUGACAUGCAUGGGCGAUAGGCUUUUGUUACGGCUCUGGGUUGGUCGGGGGUUAUGUUUCUCGUUGCGUGAGACUGACUCGGCGUACAGCACGGAAGCCAGUGCAAAGUUACCAAGAGCUACUCAAGUCUGUUAGGGACAUUCUGAAGCAGGAUUACCAACAGAAACCGCAGCUGUCGAGCUCAUACCCAAUCGAUUUUAAUCUACUCAUUCUUGGUUCCAUGAGCCCAUUGAAUACUAUCGCCGAGAAGGACGAGGCCGCGAGAGAAGCCACCACCACAGAGCCCGAUCCAUUUGGACCAGAUGGUAGUAACUAUUUGCGAACUGAAACUCCCUCAGACGCGGUCGUGGGUACGAUGGCUACUGAAGAGAAGUUCAGUCGAUUUGUACACGCUCGCUACUCGUUCGAUGGAACGGGUGAGGGCGAACUACCUUUGACGACUGGGGUCGAGGUAGAAGUGUUAGAUGAUCGGGACGCUGCGUGGUGGUACACACGGAAUCCACAAACAGGCCAGGAGGGCGUGGUGCCCGCGGCUUAUCUGUAUUGAUUUGUUUCCUUCUCGUAUCUUGUCUUCAGAUUCUACUAUGUCAUCGACGAAUCUAAAUAUUAUGAAUCUAUGAUAGAGAUAAUCGUAAUGCUAUCAACGAAUCGAUACAUGUAGUCUCCUGCAGUCGCUGAUACUGGGAUGCAACACCUCAAGUACUCUCACGGAGAGGAUGCAACUCCGGAUUCGUUCUGCAAAGAGACUGGUCAGAUAUAGGUGAGCGCAAUGAGAGGGAACAGAGAAAUAUACAGUGUACAAGUUAAUCAUGGUCGGUGGCAACGGUUCUCU